CGGGCUUAUAUAAACGGGCGGCAGACGCUUCGCCUUCGCAGAAUCGUAUCCACCGUCGCUGGACGACACACCACCGCCAAGCCACGCAAACGUUCUUCUGCGUUUCCGUCAGCUGCCACCCCCGGCUUCCGUCAGCAUCAAGAUGCAGCCCAAAGUAACGAUCCUGUGCACGCUGCUGGCGUUCGUAAUCGUCGUCGCGGUCUCAAGCCUCAUAGUGGACGCAAUACCGCACAGCCAUGAAAGUUAUUGGGAUCAGCAGGAUGACAUAGACCGGGACGAGUUCCUAGAGAUACUCUCUCGCCUUAGUCGCACCGUAAUGAGCCAUCCUGAAAUGGAAAACACCAAACGGGGAUUGGAUUUGGGUAUCAGUCGCGGCUUCAGUGGUUCUCAAGCAGCGAAACAUUUGAUGGGACUCGCAGCAGCGAACUAUGCCGGCGGUCCUGGACGAAGGCGUCGUUCCGAACAAGCGUAGAUGCCACACACAAUCGCCGAUGCAGUGAAAUUAUUAUCCGUAACAUCACGUUCGACUCGACCCUCCUACCACUCUGUCUCUACCUCGAGCUUCAAGCUGAUGUGAAAAUUUGCCGUUACCGUGGUGGUGUGACUAGGCGAGCGCUCACGCGCUCGAGAGAUAUUCGGCCAUUAAUUCCACUUAGACUUACAGCACGUUGGGGAGUGUUAUAUUGUAGCGUACAUCUUUGUCUCCUCGAAUCGUAAAUAACAAGCAAGCUCGACGCCAAAAAUUACGGCCCUAGUGAGUCGUUUGAAUGUUACACGGGGUGUUCCCAGCGUCGAUCGAGCUCUACCUAUAGUCUAUUCAUCUCCCCUGCAGCCUUUGCACUCGAAAGUCUUCGCGCACCUCAAUCUCAACUAGUUACACCACUGAUCGCUCGUGCCACGCUGAUUUGCGCGCGCUGCUGAAUUGUAGAUUUCUUCCGGAACAUAAAUUUUUUCGCAAUGACGCUACUUGGAGACAAAAUCGAUUCGGCUGGAUCUCGCGUAGGCGCUCCGACCGAAAGUUAAUUUCACAUGGAAAUGUAUACGAGUCUUUCUAGUCGUAGGAUCGCCACGAGAAUUGAAAUGUUUCAAAGACAGUUAACUUUAAUUGAGCGCAGAUCCGGCUGGAGAUAGAGAACACAGUUGUAUCAAUUAAUAAACGACACGCCAUGAAGAAUAUUGGGGAUUGACUGAGCUCAGCUGUAGCUCGCCUACACGCGCGACCGAAAUCGAUGUUUCGCAAUAAUUUGGUAGAUUAACAUUGUUUGAAUAUAGUCGGUUUUCGCGACUCCGUGUCUUCCGCUCUUUGAGUCAGCGAGGAAAAAUUCCCAAUCACCGAACGGGAGAAAACGUCUCCAAGUGUGUCAUUGUUGCGUGCCCGUCGCAAAAAUUGAUUUUCCAUCUGGACUAUAUUGCAUGCGCGCGCGCGCGAGUCGUACGCGGAUUAGUAACUUUAUCCAUCCCACGAGAUAAAUGAAGAGGAUACAGUGGAGGCGGCAUUUCGCUGAUCCGACAGGCUCCUGCGAGUCGAUGACGCUCCACUUCCGGGCUGGAUUUAUUCUAGUCAUUAUUAUCCGCAAUUGAAAUCGUAUACAAGCUCGUCCUCGACGUUUCCCCGAGCGAGCCACGCGCUAGCGAGCUUUUUCCCUCCCUAAUCGCACAGAAUGAUUUUUUCCCUAUGCGCAUGAUCGAAACGCUCGUUUCGUUAUAUUUUCAUGUCCCGACGUAUUGCAUGGUCAUGUCUGUUUCCCAAUCUCGCCCUACUCCUUCUCUUUUUCCGAUUUUCCUAGUGAAUCUUGUAAAAAAAGAAAAAAAAAUAAGAAAGAUCAUCGUACUAUAUGAUAAUUGUAUAAUCGGUGUUACCGCUGGUUUAGAUUAGGCGUGCUUAAACUUUGUCGACGAGGACGACACGUGAAUUUCUCGUCGAGAUCAAGAAAGAUGGUGAUUUCUUGUGCGAGGAAUAUUGUAUAUUGGUCUCGAACGAUCGUGUGUCACUACUUUUCUUUCAUUUUAAGAAUAGAAAGCUCCUCUCUUAUGAGACGUGAGAUCGCUCGAGACUGGCUUUGAAGAUCCUACUACUUCAGAUCACUUUGUUUGAUCAAUUUCGACGUAUUAUCUAUGCCUGUACACACAGAAGAAAUACACAGAGAAAAUCAUCCUACUCUACUAAGAAAAGCAAUUACUCAGUUUAUUUUCCUUCUUUUAAGUAACAAUUAUCCCCCUUCGACGGAAAAUAUAUUCUUAACGGUAGACUUGAAAUCUACUCAUGGAAAAAUUUUAGAAAAGCUCAUUAUAAUGCGCUGAAAAGAAGAAUUCAUUCUCUUUGCAAGAAUAUAUCGUACACUGAGAAAAAAAUACUUGGAAAUUUAUUUCUGGGAUGUAAAGUUUGUUUAUGUGAAAUAAACUUUAUUUCUGUGAAUAAACUUCUUAUCUUAUAAAUAAGUUCACAAAUAUUUUUCCUCGGUGUAAAAUUUUAUCGAAGAUAACUGGUUCGACUUUAUGCAAAUAAAAGUAUAAAUCGAAUUUUUGUUUAUUCAAAGUUCUUGAAUGAAAUACAGAACCUGCAAGGAAUCAGGAUGUUUUGAAUAAAUUUGAUAUUUACGAUGAACUUAUGAUACAUUUGCGAAUAUCAAUAAAAACCAUUUACUUAAAUGCAGUAUGUAUAUUUCUGUGUGUAACACGCUACAUAACACGCCACACGUGCACUGGCUGCAUCGUGCUCGCGUAGAAAAAUUAAAAUGCUGUAUUAAAGCGUGGCGUAUAUAUAUAGAGAUAGCGAGACAUUUCGUCCCUUUUCGUGUUACAGAUUAUCUCUCGUUAGAUUUAGUCCGUAGACAUCAGGGGUGCGCAACGUUCUAUUUUAAUUCGCUUUGAGAUUAAAACGAGCAGCGAAAUGGCUCAUGUUGCAUUAGUCGCCUUUUUUUCCAUAGCACCGUUACGUUACAUAUUCGCAUCGCGGAGAUAUUGUAGAUGAAACAAUAAAUCGCAAAGUUAACACACAUGCCAUUUACAGUUUUUCAAUUUAACCCGAUUAAAUUAGUUGAAAUAACAAAGCGGCCUUUGUUAUCCCAAACGCCGCAAGCAAACCGGCCGUAAUUGAACAUUGUCGAGUGACCUUUUUGCAGUGCGGGCUAAUUUAUUUUAAUUUUAAACCAACUGCGGCCCACUUGGAUAUCUCAGUUGCGCAUUCCUGUUAAUAGGUGAUAACCAAAGUACACAUGUGAGUGUUGAUAAUGUUUCUAAACACGCUUGAGAAGAUUAUGCGCGAUAUAAUCCAAAGAAUUCGGAGCAACGGCUCGUUGAAUAAAUACUGCGAUGACGUUUCUUUCAAAAAUUGAGAGUAUCUGGAAACUUUUAUGUGUACUCUACACAUUUAUCUUAGAAAUCAGAGAUUAGAAAUUAUAAGACGAUAAAAAUUAUGAUCGUGAUGUCAAGCGUCAAGUCGCGCUGACAUACGUUUUAAAACGAAUGCGCACUAUUUCAGCUUAUAGGAUAAUGUAAAGCUUAUAAAAUAAUAUAAUAACUAACAAGUAUUUAAACAACUGCAAGAAAAGAUACGGCAUUUAUCCUACCGUUUCGCAUGACAUACGAUUUAACGACGUGUUGCUUCGAAUCCUCACACGAUAAUCGCGUCGUCCAAUUGACAGACGACGAGUUUUAUUUCCUCGUAAAAUUAUUUAGUAUUCUAGAAAUACAACACGCGAAUGUGUCCACGGACGAAGCGAUCCGUUCGAUUGUGAUCGCAGAGUCCCGUUUGGUUAUCACCGACACCAGAGCGAAGCGCGUGAAGUCGAGACCUGUCGUUUCUGUGUAUUAUAAAGAGAUUUAUUGCCUCUCUAUAGUGAAAACUGAUCGUAAAUAAAAGUUACCUACUUUAACCCA